CAUAUUUUCAUGUUUUCCUCUUUUAUUUUUGUUCUGUGUUGUUGCAAACAUUCCAACGAUUAUUUUUGUAUUAAAUUAAGUAAAAAAAAAAAUUUAAACAUUUUAGACCCUUAACUAAAAAAAGAUCAUCUUGCUUUUGCAUUUGCUCUUUAAAAUAGUUUUCAUAUCUUUCAGUGGACAGUUUUGAGAUCAAGAAAUGUAAAAAACAUGACGAUCUUCUGCAGUCAAAAGAUGUUGGUCUACAAGUGGACAGCUUUGAGAUCAAGAAAUGGGAAAAACAUGACAAUCUUCUGCAGUUAAAAGAUGUGGACAGUUCUAAGUUCAAGAAAUGGGAAAGAUAUGAAUAUCUUCUGCACCCAACAAUUGGAUGUCAAACGAUGACAUAUAGCCUUGAGCCCAUGGUGGGUAAUAAAGAUUCUGGGGUCACUGUAAUGCACCUGGAAGGACCUCUAAAUACUGUAAAUGAGUAUAUGCAGUCAAUCAAGGAUAAGUAUGAGCAUGAUUGGAGCUUCCAGUCUGGUGACCAUGCAUUAUUGUCAGACCUCUAUACUGACCCACUGAUCGUUGAGAAAAUCCAAAAUAUCAGCUUUGAGAACAUAAGCGUGGAUAAGUUGUUUCAGUCAAAUGUUCUGAUGACUGUCGUUCUCCACGGUGACUCUGGCAGUGGCAAAUCCUUCAUAGCACAGAAGAUGCUGUUGGACUGGGCUUCUAAAGCAGCAUCUUCUAUAGAUUUUAGUGUGGUCUUCUACCUGAGGUGUGAAGAGCUGAUGUUCAUUGAACAAAUGAACUUAAGUAAACUCUUGAGCAGCAAUUGUAGUUUAACACCAGUUCAGAUCUCGAAGAUGCUACAGCAUUUCCCAGAGAAGCUGCUUUUCAUCGUUGAUGGAUUUGAUCAUCUGAGACUCACACAGGAUAUUUAUGACAUGUCAGAACUUAUUGAUCCACUUCAGAAAACCCUGCCGGAGGUCAUUGUUUGUGCCCUGCUGAGGAGAUUCCUGGUUCCGGAGUCCACACUGCUGGUCACCACCAGAACUAAAAACACUGUGAACAAGCUGCUAAAUGGACAACAGUGUGUCACGGAGAUUCUGGGCUUUUCUGAGAAGAUGGUGAAGAUGUAUUUCCAGACAUUUUUCAGUAAGGAGUAUGAAAGUCUGAAAGCAAAUGAAACUGUCUUCACUGCCUGCUCCAGUCCUGUUAUCCGCUGGAUCAUCAGUGAGAUGUUGAGGGUUGGUGCAAAUAUAAAAUUUGGACUGGAAACCACCACCUCCAUAUACAUUGACUUUGUGUGCACUUUACUGGAGCAUCACAGCCAGGGUUUGAGUCGGUCUGUGCCGACCCUGCUGAGGAGUCUGGGUCAGCUGGCAGAGAGAGGGAUGCUGGAAACACGAGUGCUUUUUGAUGAGAAAAGUGUGAAUGAAAUGGUUUCAGGCACUGAAAAAUUAUUCCUCAGGAAGAGAACAGUCUGCCAGGAGACGAUGUUCGGUUUCAUGCAUCGCAGCUUUCAGGAGUUCUUCACCGCUCUUUAUUUUGUGCUUCUUGAUGAAGAAGAGUCUCAGAGGAAAGUGAAAGAGCUUCUUUACACUGUGGAGAGAGGAUGGACAUUGUCCUGCUGGCCUGAUCCAGACUUCUCAAUGGCAGAUGUUGAAGUUAGACAGUCAGAGUUUCUGCAGCCUGUGAUUCUGUUCCUUUGUGGUCUCUGUUGGAAAGACCUGAUCCCAUCAUUUUUUGAGAAGCACAACAUGGCCGUCUCUGUCAACAUAGAAACCCAUCUUAAAGAGUGGAUCAAUAAGUGCUCACAGAGAUAUCAAAAUGAGCACCUGCUGUUCAUUCUCCAUUGUCUCUUUGAGCUCCAUCAGAAGAGCUUCACUGCGAAAGUUCUGCAAAGGAUGAUUUUGAUGGAUCUGUCCAAUAUGUCACUGAAAACAACAGACUGUUGGGUGUUGAAGCACUGUUUAGAGAGCAGUGAACACAUCAGUAACCUGAAGCUCCAGGUAACAUCUGAUAAUCUGAAGAUGCUCCAUCCUGCUCUGUACAAAUGUAAAGAGCUGUGGUUAUUGAUUGAUCACAUUUCAGACUGUGUUGUGGAUUUGAUCUCAGCUCCUGGUAAACAGAAGAUUCUGAAAAAACUCAAUAUAAAGAAGCUUGAAAAUGGCGGAAGUUUUUUUCACCUAGAGAUCACUGUAUCAGUCAGAGAAAGAGACAUCACGCUGUCUUUUAGCAGGUCAAUGUUCACAUCAUCAAUCACAGAAUUAACUCUGACAUCUCCUCACUCAGUUGUUUCCAUCAUCAAAUGGAUGGAAUCACAGAACAAGCAAAGUAGUAGCUAUAUUAAUCCUGAAGAAGAGAAAGAUCUGAUGUUCCUCAAGUCAUUGUCUGGUUUGAAGAAAGUCUGUCUGCAUGUUUCAAAUCUGAAUGACACAUUUGCUUGUGAACUCCUGUCCCUCAUUCAGGCUUGUUCCAGCCUGACUCAACUUUGGCUUUCCCCAGAUAUUAAAAAGGGUUUUAGCAUAAGUGACAGGAAGGACUUCAGGAAGCACAUCCAGUCUCUCAAGAAGUCGUUGAAUGAGAUGCGUUGGACUCUGACUUUUUGGGGCAACUCAGUGUUGAUCAAGCCAAAUGAGGAGAGAUUCACAGAGAAGCUGCAGACAAAGACAGACAUGGGUGCUUCACCCUUGUUAUUAACCUCAGAAGUUGCAGAAGUGUUUACACCUCAACUCAUUGAGAUGAAUAGAGCAAACAAACACAAAAUUACAUACAGGUUUGUGUGUCCGCAUGCUGGUCAGUUUCAGUGCAGUUUGACCAGUCUUGUGUUUGUGAUGGAUAGUGAAGGAGAGGUGCAGUAUAAAGUCGACUCGUGGGAUCCUCGUUUGUUAGAUGGUUUGGGUCAAAUGCAGCCUGCAGGACCCCUAUAUGACAUUGACUGUAUUAAUGGUUCAAUCUCAAAUCUACAUCUUCCUCACUGUGAAACAUUCUCUGGGGAAAAUAAGGAUUGUUUGGCUGUAGCACAUUUCACUGUCGGGGGUAUAGAAAUGAUGCAGCCACUCAAAGUCACUGAAACUCAUGUGGUGAUUGACAUCAGAGACCUCUCCUUAUUCGGACUCUUAAAAAAAAUAUUUUCUGGUUCCCCUAUUGAUGCCCAAGUGUUGCUCUUUCUUCGACCACUAAUAUGUGGACAGAAAAAUAAAAUUCUUGAUGUCCACUUACUUCCAAAGAACGUUCCCGUAUCAGAGGUCCAGUGCUGCCACCAGGAUAAAGCCUACAUUGAAACAAGUUCAAAAUGUCGCUUGUUUCCUCAUAGACUUUACAGUCUGUGUUGUCAGCCAGAGGAAUGUGAGGUGCAGCCAACGAGUGAGAUCUUUGAGCAUAAUAAUUUUGGUCCAAACUAUCAUCCUACAUUUGAAGUGUUUCUGGAAGUGGACACAGAGGAGGUCAGAUUGGGGAUUUUGGAUGAAGCUGAAAGUAGGAAUGUAGUGUGGAACAAACGGCGAAUUUUACUUACAGGUCAAGGUUCACAGCACAAAAGGAAAUCAGGAAGUGAAUUUGUGGAUGCCCUCAGAGAUAAACUCAUUCAGAGAGUUUCAUCAGUGAUGGCGAUUGCUGACAGCCUGAAAAGCAAACGCAUGAUUACAGAUGAACUAUACAAUAAAGUAGAAGUGUCAGAUACAGAUACAGAGAAAAUGAGACGAUUGUUUAAAGGUCUGGACUCUGGAGGAGCUUCUGUGAAAGCAGAGUUUUACCGUCUGCUGAUGGAGAAUGAACCUCAUCUAGUAGAUGAACUGGAGUCUGGACACAGCGGAUCUAGCAGACCUCAGUAAUGCUAAGAGUGAGCAAGAGGCAUAAACUCCAGCUUCAGGGUAAAUAUACAGGACUGUGUCUAACAAGAGUUUUCAGAACUGAUAUUAACUCCGCAAGUAGCUGUAAAACUAUUCUUUUUCUUUUGCAUGAUUGAACCAAAUGAACCAAAGAGCACCAAACCCUCUGUACAAUACCACACAACUUAUUAAAAUCUGGAAUGAGGCUUCAUGUGUUUUAGCAUGAUGUCAUUUUGUAUAUUUUUGAAUCUAUAAAAUAACAUGUAAACUAUUAUGCUUUCCAUUCUUUCUAUUGUAGAUCCCCACUAUGCUGCUUGUGUCAAAGUAAUUUGCUUGCUUGCCAAGCAUUUGACAUUUUGUAAACCUUUACUUGUUUUUCAGAAUAAUUAAUCAACUGUUACUAGGUCAUAUUUUUGGUUUUGUAUUUUGACAUUUUUAAUAUAAACAAAGCACAAAAUAAAAGUUCAUAAUGCUAUAUGUUGGACAGUUUUUUCUAUUACAAGAGGACAAUGAACUGGAUUUCAGGAGUAACCGAGACAUGGUCUCACAUUCACAUACUAGAAACACAACACUGCACAUUCAUUCCCUUACCUUCUGUUUCUGAUAUGUGAACUUGAUCAUCUGCGGGUUUAUUGUCUUCUUUGCAUAAAGUACAUCAAUAUGCCAAAUCCUGAAAUGAAGAAGUUAAUUUGGACAAUCAAAAGCAUAAUUUCAUUUGGUUCUUCUGUAAAACAAUUAUUACAAAUGUGUUAAAA